AUGCCCAACCCGUAUGUGGAGGUCGAUUGCUUGGGAGAGAAGAAGACAACCCAGGUCAUCAGUGGCGCUUCUGCAUGCACCUUCAACAACUUCUAUAGCUUCUCCCGGCACAUGAGCGAAGACGACUUCACUGGAGGGGACGCUGUCAUAGCCGUGUACCAUCAGAAGAACAGCUUUGGCUUCAAGGUGAAACUGGGUCAAGUGACCUUCAGCUUGGAGAAGGUGUAUCACCAAGAUGGGCACCUCGUUGCGAAGGACUGGUUUGUUAUUGUCCUACCAGACGAUCCAGGCAAAGGCUGCGGUUAUGUGGAGCUCUCUUUGGGCGCCUAUGCGCCAGGAGGUGCAGACGUUGAUGAGGCAGCCGAGGUCCAGUCCAUCAAGACGCGGGUGGUGAAGCUUCCCACCAAAGAUGCUGCCAAGUCCCUCUUCCAACUCACGGUUUGCAUCUACCAGGACAAUAGUGUCAAUGUGACGGUGAUGCAUGACGGUGGCCUCACCGGCAGCAAGGUGGAACUCGGGGAUGUGACGCUUGACAUUGAUGAUUUGGCCAAUGAAGCGCUUGAGCCCACCUGGUACUACUUUUACAAGGCGCCCGAUGGCAAAAAGGAUGAGGAAAAGUCAGCAGCUUGGCAGGAGAAGCCUAUUCUCACCAUCAAUCCUGGAUCCAUGGCAAAUCCGCCCAAAGUGACGGCGGGCGUCGCCUGGAUCGAUCUCUACAUGGUUUGCUUUGACAGCACCGAACAACCUGAGUGGCUGCAUGUCCAGAUUGAGUUGCCUCGAAUCAUCGAUGCAGAGCUCAUCUCAACGCAACCAGAGCCUGAAGGGCAUGGCUUUGUUUGGAAAGGAAAGGAGAACAUCCGCAUGGACCACAUGGUGCCCACCUUCUCCUUACCGGCUCCUGAGAACUGUGGUGAGUUCAUCAUCAGCGUCUUCGCCAAAUUCAAGAAGACAGGGUUGCUGGGCGGGAAGAAGCCCGAGCGGCACAUGUCACUGGGAUGCACGAUGAUCCACAGGAAAGCAUCGACCUCAUCAGACCCAACAGAUUCUAACAGAUCCCAACGGCAAAUGUUCUAA